AUGGCGGCCCUAAGACUUCUGACUCAAGCGUUGCUGAGGUCUUCUUUAAAGCAAACCCGUCGCCAGUUUUCUGCUGCGGCUGCUGGCGGUCACGGCGAGCAGGCUGCCAGGACAUGGAAGAUCCUCACCUUUGUGGUUGCACUGCCUGGCGUUGCUGUGUGCACGUUGAAUACGUACCUGAAGGAGCAGCAACACAGCCAUGAACAACCAGAGUUCGUCCCUUAUUCGCACCUCCGCAUUCGCACUAAGAGGUUCCCUUGGGGAGAUGGCAACAAAUCACUCUUCCACAAUCCCCACGUGAAUGCCCUUCCUGAUGGCUACGAGGGUCAUGAUGAAUAA